CGAAAAGUUUCUUUAUUUUGAUUUCCAUUCAACACACGUGCAUACAGCCAUCCACUACGAAUCUCAUUGAUAUGUAUUAGUGCACACGGCCAAAGUGCACGUGUUGAGGACACAUUUCACACAGCAGCUAGCUAAGUUUACUGAUGAAUACAAUUUGAAACUUAUUAUAGCGUCAUAAAAUAUAAAAUAAGUAAAUACUUAUAUUCAUUUGGUCUCUCGAAGGUGUAUGUACAAAAAAAAACUUGCAAUGGAGACAUCCAAUAAUCAUGAAGAUUCUAUGGAAUCGGUAGACUCUGAUCCAUUGGCUCAAGGGGAAUCAUCGCCUGCAUUACAAAACGGUGAAAAUAAAACGCCGAAAAAGGGCACCAAAACUAAGAAGCGCUCAAAAUCGACCAUCUUAAAAAUAACAAGCAGCAAAAAGAAGGGAAAGAAAGGAAGCGAUAAAGUACCAGAACCAGACGAGAACGGUGAAUAUGAGGUUGAAGCUAUUGUUGAUGACAAGAAAGAAAAAGGAAAAUCUGUUUAUCGUAUCCGGUGGAAGGGAUAUGGACCCGGUGAGGAUACAUGGCUUCCAGCUAAUGAACUGAGUUGCAAAGAUCUCCUUAAAAAGUAUAAGAAGAAGCAAGAACGUGAAAAUAAGGAUGUUUUUAAUGUUGAGUCAAUUUGUGAUCAUCGUCGAUUACAUGGUAAAAUCUACUAUCGUGUUCGUUGGGAGGGAUAUACAGCAAAAGAUGAUACAUGGCAGGUUAAAGAAAGUCUCAAUUGCAAUGAAUUAUUGAAAAAAUAUCACGAUGAAUUGAAUGAAAACAUCUUAAAACGCGAAGAAGAAAAGUUGAAAGCAAAAGAACAAGCUAAGAAAGCAAAUAAUGAAUAUGAAGUUGAGGCAAUCAUGGAUAAGCGUACGAAGAAAGGAAAGACAAAGUAUUUGAUCAGAUGGAAGGGAUUUGAAGAAUCUGAUGAUACAUGGGAACCAGAAGAAACACUCAAUUGUCCUGAAUUGAUUCGCUCAUUCAACAAAAGAAAGGGAAACAAAAAGGAAGUUAUUAAAAUAAAGAAACCAGCAAAGAAACGAAAACGUUUAACUGACUAUAAUUCUGAUGAAGAGGGUGACGAUUCUGAUGAUUCUGAUUAUGGAGCCAAAAAAGCAAGAAUGUCAGGCGAAUAUGAAGUAUCAAAAAUACUCGAUGCGAAAAUCACACGUGAUGGAAAGUGGGAAUUUUUCGUCAUGUGGAAAGGUUAUGGUCCAGAGUCGAAUACAUGGGAGCCAGAGAGAAAUUUAAGCUGCACGAAACUCAUUAAUGAUUUCCUUGGCAAAAACAAAGUACCACGUGUCAUUCAAGCAAAAUUGGAGAAAAUAACAGAAGAGGUUACAAAACCUAAAUCACCAAGGAAACCACCAACUGAACGUAAGAACUUAACACCGAGCGCUAAGGGACUACGCGGACGCACCAAGGGAGAAUUAAAGACCACUAAGAAUUUUCGAUUAAACGUAUGAGCCUGAUCAUUUACAUUUAAGAGCUCUUUAUUAGCACUACAAAAAAAAAAUAUUUUGCGAGAAAAAUGAGUUUUUUUUUCUUAUUUUUUAUUAAAUUUAAUGUUUUUAUUUGAGUUUGAGAAUUAAAGAUUAAAAAAAUAAUUUUUUUCCUUUUAUUAUUUCUAUAAAUUCUACUCUUUAUAAUUUUGCUGAAUAAGAACUUGAUUUUUUUUAAACAAAUAUAUACUUUUUAGAAAAUAUUUUAAUACUUUAUGUUCUGACACAUAACAUUUUAAGGUCUUUCAUUCAAAAGAUACAAAUUAAAAAAUUAAAUAAAUAUAGAUUUUAAACAUAUUAUCCGUG